AACUUGGCCGAGUCUGUACCAUCUACGCGGCCUACGUCUUUCCCAUUCGAGGCUCCACCGCUUCCUCAUCCCAGCUUUGCAGAUUUCACAUCGGAUAUCAUAAGCGACCUCGAUUCAAAAUGGCUUCAAGAUCUCUAUAGAGAAGGGUUCGAGGCCGUUUUCGGCUCCUGGAUGGGGAGAUACAGUUGCCCUUUCUUGUAUCCAGAUGGUCUUGUCGAAAAGUAUGUGAGUAUAUCCGACCUGUGCUGCCACCUCGACCGGUGUAUGGCAGAUGCCGCAACUGGUGGCCAAGACCGAGCUCAAGCUCGAGAUGCUACCAGCCUACAAGAAAGUGAAAGAGAUGGCCUUAUCGAACAGUCUCUCCGCAAUACCAUUACUGCCUUUUCAGCGAGAUGGUUGCCCAUCGCCUCCUCUCCGGUUCCCUUCCACGACCUCUCUCUUGACCUCGACAACUGCCGUGCAGUCCAGGUCCUCUGGCGAGAUGCUCGGAGGGACAUGCUCAGAAUCAUAAAUCGGCCGUCAUACCGAUCGAUGCUGUCCCUCUUUCUCUUUGCCCUAACUCCAAUUCCCGUCGGCAUCUCCGAGGAUGAAGAGGCCGAUGGAAUCUCGGGGCAAGCCUGUGUCCAUGCGGCCCUACAACAAAUCCAGACACUUCGGGCCAGGCAACGGAAUUUGCAAUUCAGCGGCUCCAAAGUAUCUCCAUCCCAAAAGCCACCGCAGGCCAUAUACAGCACCCCGGAGUCAGCCGACCCUUCCGGUUUCAUCAAUGCGGAAAGCAUAGCCUACUGGGCAGCUCUCACAUUCGACACAUCAGCGUCCUUGACACUCAACUGCAGACCGCUGCUCUCGUCGGGUCUUUUCGGCUUCGAGUAUGAAAUGCACUGGCGCCUGGUCAGAACCUGCUCUAAAAUGUUUGACGAGGCUGCCAAGCAUUGGCGCCAGGGGAGCUCCGAAAUGUCAGACGAAAGGGCAAACCAGAUUAUCGCUGCCGCUGCUUCGUGGAAGUUGCUGGGCUGGAAACUGGCUGCCAUCUUUAAAGAGGCUAUCCGGGAUGGCCAUGAUGAGGCCGAGGUUCAGAAGGCACUCACAGCUGUUAUCGAUUCCAUCAAGCAAUUCAACAUCACUUUCCGUCCACAUCUCGAGGAGUGCCACAAACGGAUCCAGUUCCUCGGCCAACGAACCAAACUCCGCUGGUUUUCCCUCAUGUUUCACUACCAUCUCAGCAUCCUAAUGCUCCUCGAUAUCAUCGAGGUCACAGAUCGCCCCGACUUGCUGGUAGACCUCAAGGACGCCAGUACCGAGGCAGAGAACACAGUCAUGAAUGCUUUGGCAUUUGGCCUACAUAACACCAUGGUCUUGAGGCGGGUUUCCCAUUGCAACUCCGGAAAUUCUUCUUCUAGAGUCGGGAUAACAAACGACGUAGCCCUAACCGUCCCGCUCAUAUCCAUUGACCCUUAUCCACACCAUGUUGUUGCCGGGGUGCAGCUGAUGCGCAAGGCUAUUGAUAGGGACCUGGCCAGUGGGAAAAUCGCUAAGGAAUCUUAUAACAGCUUAUUUUUGACCUUAGAGCGCACCCUUGGGCUCCUCCCGCAGAGCUCCAAGUCUAUAUUCUUUAAAAACCUCACUAUCUUCGACUAUCACUCGGUUCGCAACAUGAACCUCUCAGUCGCUACAAAGACUUCCGUCGCCCUCAUCGGAGCAGGUACCCAGGGCAGGCGUUUGGCAUUCAUGUGGUCCAGUCAGGGGAGCGAUGUUCACUUGGUUGAUGCCCAACCCAGUCAGCUGCAAGCCAGCAUCAAAGCUAUCGACGACUUUCGCUCCGCGGCAUCACAAAAAGGUGAUGUUAGGUGGGGCCAAAUUAUGACACACUCGCCCGAAACUCUAGGUGCAGCACUUCAGAAUGCAUGGCUCGUUAUAGAGAGACGUAUCAUCUCCGAACUCGAUGCGCUUGCAGCAGAUGAUACCAUUAUAGCCUCCAACUCAAGCAGCUACUCCUGCUCGGAAAUAUUGGACGGGUUAGCUUUGAAAAACAACCGACGCAUCCUCAGUGCCCAUUCUUACUGGCCUCCUGAAACUUGUGAGAUUGAAAUCAUGGGCCAUGAGAUGACAGAGCCGUCCUAUGUUGCAUUAAUGAUGAGGCGGUGUGAAGCACACGGGUUUUCUCCCUUUCACGUCAAGACGCAAUCCAUGGGGUACAUAUAUAAUAGGAUCUGGGCAGCAAUCAAAAGAGAGGCUCUGCUUGCUGCAGCCGAGGGAGCCGCAUCUCCUGAAGAGAUUGACGCUAUUUUCAAAGGAGUGCUCAAGACACCCAAAGGCCCAUUCGAGCUGAUGGACGUUGUAGGUCUUGAUGUUGUAUUAGACAUUGAGAAUCAUUAUGCCACGGCUCGUGGGGAUAUCCCGCAUGAACCAAGACUGUACUUGGAGCAAUACCUCUCAAAGGGGUAUUUAGGUAUCAAGAGUGGUCGUGGCUUUUUUAACUACAAAUUAGGCGAAGCAGCUCUGGUUUAA